UUUCCGCAGGUUUAAAGCGCCUCAAAGCAAGGUAAGCGGCAUGAAGUGCACAAAAAUAGUGUUAACGAGUCGAAACGCGAUAAAUGCAGGCAGGAAAAAUGAAUAUCUGGAAGAUCGAGCGGAAAUGGUGUGGUCGACUAAAGGUUAUCAUGGAUACUCGUACAAGCUGGCUGCUCGAACUAAGGAACAAUACACACCCCGACUAACUGAGCCAAAACUAACGAUAACCACUUUGCUUUUUCCGGAUAAUGUCACCCUCAACACUGGCGCUUCUCUAGAAAAAUGGUCGAAAAAAGCCCCCAGGUUGCUAUCGGCAAAAUGCAAAAGUUUCACCCCAAGAAAGCCGCUGAACUCCUCAAUUGCAGAUGAUGAUUACGACUUUUCCUAUCCCCUGACUGAUCUAUUUGAGCAGCCUCAACCCGCAGAAGACUUUGCGCAAAUAAACGACGAUCUCCAGUUAAACUUUGAUGAUUACUUUGUGGCCUCCGACAUAGAGGAGCUGAUGCUGAAAUCCGAAAGAAUCCAACAUGAGCUGGUGGAGAAGCCGAAGAAAGGCGACAAGACAAAGAAGAAGCGACACAAAUUCAAGAAAACCAUUCGAUUUUCUUUGUCGAAACCGCCGAGUCCCGAAACUGAGCAGGUGAUUCGAGUGGAUGUAACGUCGAAUGUGUCUUUUGAGGACGAUAGUGAAAUCAGGACGAAAGAGCCUAGAUUAUCGAAGGGACGCAAUCGAACAAUUAGCGAGUGUCUGAAAAGUCAGUCGAUGAGGAAACUUGACAAAAACAACAACGAAAAAAGCUGCGAUGGGCCCAAAGGGGACGAAGACGAUUUUAUUGUAAAAUGCAGGCAAUUAGCUUUGACGCAGAAAAAAAUCUAAGGGAUCGAAUCGAUUUUCUGUCUUAACUUGUAAUUUCCAUGGAAAUUAAUUAGGAGGAGAUAAAAUUGUCCAGAGUGAAGGAUUAUAUAGGGAGCAUGCAAGAGCGUUUGAUGGUGGCAUUGAAAGACAUUCUUUAUGCAAAGCAGACGGUGAUUUGCAUUUGGUUCGAAUCAUCAACAUUCAACAGCAACAGAAGUCGAUAAAUAUUUUACGAGGUUGACCAAAAGCGGCACAGUUCCCAUAGAAAGGUCAGAGCUAAUAACAAUAAUUAAAAAGGAAAUAUGAUAGCUCCAGGAAUUGCAUCAUGUGCGAUUCUCUGCGAAACGAGACAUUAAAAAACUGUCUAAAAUUAUAACUGUGCGCAUUUGUGAUAGAUGCACCUUGAAGUUUUGAUCGCAAGUGACUGGCCAGUCUAG